CAUAUUGAUCAAUAUAUAAAAGCGCACGACUCGCACGCAGCAUCAGUCGGUGAAGUAAUCAUUAAUCAUGUCUCACUCCAGUUUCACAUUCCUUGUGAUUAUCGGACUGCUUUGCAGUAUCUGCCACUGACAUCUGUCCACCAAAUCAAUAAUGGAACACAUGUGGAACGGCAUGUCCACAUACUUGCACCUCAAGGCCUAAAACUCUCUGGAUUGGCUUGUGUGAUUGGCUGUCAAUGCAAAUGGGGAUACGUGCUCAAUUCUGCAGAAGAGUGUGUACUUCCGUCGGAAUGUUAGAAAUCGAUAUAUCCUUAUUGACUUAUUGGUAACAGCUGACAUUUUGUUUAAUACUUUUUGUAAAAAUUUUUUGAAAAAAUUUCAGUUAAAAAUGAUGUAUAUCAGGGAUAAUAUCAGGGGUAAUAACAUGUGUUAAUUACGAUGUGAUAUAAUUGUUCUUUGCUUAUA